AUGUGCAGAUAUAAACACGUCUGUUAUAGUUUAUGUCCUCAUACGCACUCAAAAUACACACCCAUCUCCGUUUGUCCUCGCGCCAAAGAGAGGCAGAAAAUAUGUUCAUGGGAAACUGCAAGGUUUGGAGUCGGCACCGAAACCGGACUUGCACAGGUGAUUGAAGAAAAAGGAAGUUGUGAAGGGUGUGCGAGGGGUGCGAGAAAGAAGAGAGAGAGGGUGAGAGAACAGAUGGUCGGUAUGGGGAUUAGACGAGGGAGGAGUUAUGAGGGGAAAGGGAAAGGUGUUGAGAAUGUAGAGAUGGAGGUGCAAGGACAUGUAGAUGACCCGAAAACGCUGGGUACAAGAUCUGAGGCCAAAUACGACGGUAGAGAGCAUCAUCGCUCAUCAAGCCCUGAUGUCCCGGCAGGGUGGUGUGAUUUGGGUUUAGAAAUGUAA